AUGGGCACAUGUACAAGCAAAACAUCAACAACGGAAAUGCCCAGUCAAAUAGUCCCCCCAAAACGCAAAAAACUUCAGAAGAAACGACCAUCGCAGCGAAGACGACUAGAAUAUAUCCCUAAUAGCACACGUAUAGGAAAAACUUGUCUCACAUGCAACCAACCAUACACGACGCGUAGCGUUCGCGGAUGGUGUCAACCAUGUGAAGCGCGUCGUUUUCACGACGAUUUUCCAAACUGGAAGACUGGGAAUACCGCGUUAGAUAAUCUUAUUAAAGAGUCACAGUUGAACAAUAGUGCGCCGAAUCAGUUUUUGGAGUGGAUUCCUUUCGAUAUGUUUGAGGGUGUGAGGGAAAUCGGGAGGGGAGGUCAUGGAGUGGUGUAUAAAGCUACUUGGCGUUUGGGCCCAAAAUUGUAUUGGGAUGAGAUGAGGCGAUAUUGGGUUCGGGAGGGAGAAACUAAAGUAGUGCUAAAACGAUUGUAUGCUUCACAACUAGCUAAUCAAGAGUAUUGGAACGAGUUACAUUCGCAUCGAUCUACUCACAGUAAAUGCGUAUCGAAAUGGUAUGGAUUCAGUCAAGAUCCGCAAUCACGAGAAUACAUAAUAGUAUCACAACUAACAGACGUUGACUUACGACAAUACCUACGUGAAAACUUCAAAGAACUAACGUGGGAGAAAAAGCUCGGAAUCGUAUACAACAUACUACACGGUCUCAUGGAACUUCACAACUCACGAAUAGUUCACAAAAACUUCCAUAGUGGAAACAUAUUACGACACUAUAACGGCUCGCAAUCACUCACCUUUAUUACAGAUAUAGGCCAAUCGCGUCCCCCGCUAUCUAGAUCCGGACGUCGAGAAAUCUACGGUGUAUUGCCUUACACAGCACCAGAAGUAUUGCACGGGUGUCCAUGCACCGAAGCAUCAGACGUGUACAGUUUCGGGAUGGUAAUGUGGGAAAUUGCCGCUUCGCGUCCCCCAUUCUGGGAUCGAGCCCACGACGCGAGACUGGCGUGGGAAAUAUGUGAUGGACUCAGACCAGAGAUUGUAGUCACAAUGCCAAUGUGUUAUGUCGAAUUGAUGGAACAAUGUUGGCGAGCUGAUCCAAAAGAACGACCAGAUAUACGUAGUCUCGAGAAAACUUUAAUGUCGUGGGGCUGGCAUAUGGGACUAUCUCAGAAACAAAGAAUUGCUGAACAGUUUGUCGCUGCGGAACAAGAUCGUCUGAAAAUGAUCGAAGAGGCUGGUGACAACGUGAUGGAGCUGGCGUUCCCAGUGUUGCAUCCGAAAGCUAUCUAUUAUAGCAGACGUUUAAAUUUCACGGAUUUACCAGAGUCACGUGAUCGAACAUUGAUGUCUGUCAUUUAUAGUGAUGAUGAAUAUAGUUUUAUUGAUUCUAUUAAUGAGGAUAAUAGCGAUAUUGCAAAUGAUGAUAAAAGAUGCUCGCGAGCUUUUCUUCGUGAAGGAUUGGUAAUAGUAAUGCCAGCUCGUUUGGGUGAGGAAUCUACGAGAGUAGAAACUAAGUCUGUUUCUAGCCUUGAUUCCGUCCAAGAAAAGGAUCAACAACGAAAACAACAAGAGAGAUCAUCAAUCUAUUCGCUAGAAUGGACUGGAGAUGAGGGUUAUGAAGAAGAACACGAACUAAGUUUCCCGAUCAUGAUAAGUAAAAGCAUGGCGUCCGAAAUCAAAAACAACAAUAAUAAUAGCCUUGAGAUCUCACUUGUGGCUUAUAACGAUCGAAUAAACUCCAAGAAAUCGUCAUCGUCACUUCGAAAAGAUAAAGACUUGCAGCGUUGUGGUGGAGGAAUAGAGAUAUAA